CGGGAAUUUCUGUAUUACCAUAUUGGUAAACGCAAAUACCUUCAAUAACUACUGUUGAUAAAUGCGGACUUUGACAAUACCGAGCGAGAAUGAAAUCGUGCGCAUGCGCCAUGCGUAUUACAAAUCAGAUGUUUUUUUUGCUCCGCAAACAAACGCUUUGACAAAUUACACGUUUGGGAACAUUGCGAAAUACGCGAUCUUUUAUUCGCUGCUCGAGGAGAAAAAAAACAAUCGUUGACUGACUCGGUCGUGAUCGAUCGCUGUUCAUCGCGCAACAAGUCGCUUCUCAAUAGUUAUGAUUUCUCACGGCGAGCAGGGAGAACCAACAUGUCCGCUGUGAACCGAAUUAGCGUUGUUCGUGUCGAUCGUUUGUUUACCAGCGGUACGAUAUGAUAAUACGCGCGCGAUAUACGCGAUCCUCCGUCUGAGCUGUCAAUAUUAUGAAUGAAUUCCCGCCUCGUAGGAACGCAGUACGACGCUUCUGUUCCUCUUCUCUCUCGGGCAUUUUCAGCGCCGAGGUGUAUGGGUUAUUGAGGCUUCGGGAUCGAACCUGGGAGAAUCGGUCGCUCUACGCGUUACCCCACAAACGGCCUUGAACCAACGAGCACGAUGCGUUUUCGCGCGGUGACGCCGUACGACGAUCUCACGCGUACGACAAUCUCGCAUGUGCAUUGAAUGAGGAUGACGGAGCCGGAACUUUAUUGCCGGCUGUGUGCCGAGACCAAGAAGAAUCUCAUCGGGAUCUACGACGCCGAGGGGCAGAAACUCGCGAUCGAGACGAAGAUUGCGAAGUGUUUGCAGAUACAGGUUCUAAUAACAGACAGUUUGCCACUCACGGUUUGUCUAGAGUGCUGUGACUUGUUGAAUCAAUCCAGUGAAUUCUUUGAGAAGACUAAUCAAGCACAAAUAUCACUAAAGCAAUUAUUGGUAGAUUUAAAGCCUGAACCACAACCAAUAGAACCAAAUAUAGAUUAUGUAGAGGAAACUAUAGAUUUUCCAAAAGAUGAAGUUAACAAUAGAGAAGAGAUAGUUGAGCGCCAAUUAACUGGCAAUUAUAUCAAUGAGACGGUCAAUGUCUUGAAUACUUACAACUUUAUUGAAGAAUGUAAUAAAGGUGAAAAUUCCGAAACUCAGGAAACGCAGGAAACUCAAGAUAACGCAAAACAGAAAAAGUGUAAGAUACAGAUAAAGAAAAGUUCCCCUAAACAGAGUAAGAAAAGAUUAAAAAGAAGAAAUCAGAUGCAAAGAAUGGAAGAAGAAGAAUCCGAGCUUCAUGUAUCUUCCCAAAUAGAAACGGAACAGAAUGAUGCAGCUGUGAAAAAUACUUUAAAGAUUGUAGAUAAUUAUAUAUCUGAGACAGAGUCUAAUUUAGAAAUGAGAGAAACACGAACAAUGGAAACAACUAAGCAAGGAAGAAAAAAGACAGAAGGUUUAGAGAGAUAUCCUUGGUUGUGUACAGACUGCAAUGAUAAAUUACCAAGUUUAGAAGCAUUAGAGGAACAUCAUGAAACAGUGCAUAAUCAAAAAGCCAAGUAUAUGUGUGUGCAAUGUUGUAAGGUCUAUGAUAAGUACUAUGGGUUUCUUACUCAUGUUAAGAGGCACAAGAAUAAGGCAAAGUUUAGCUGUGAAGACUGUGGAAAAUCAUUUGUACAUAAAAAAGUAUUAGAUUCUCAUAAAACGAUUCACAGCGAAGAACGGCCCUUUGUAUGUCAAACUUGUGGUAAAGCUUUCAGACAGCAAAGUGCUUUAUAUAUCCAUAAUCGAUGCCAUUUACCCGAUACUGUAAAAAAUAGAUAUCCAUGCGAUCAAUGUGAUAAGAGGUUUUCUACAAAACCAAAUCUUGUAACGCACCAACGUAUUCAUUCUGGUGUCAGAAACUUUACAUGCGAUCAAUGUGGUAAGAGUUUUAUACAGAAAGGAAAUUUAGAAGCCCAUUUAACUCAUUCAGUAGAUAAGCCAUAUAGCUGCUCUCAGUGUCCAAAAGCAUUUAAAACGCCCUUGCAAUUGAAGAAACAUGAGACAGUGCAUACAGGUGCCAAGCCACAUCAGUGUGAUGUGUGCGGAAGAACCUUUAGGGAGAAAGGAACUUUAAGGGAACAUCACCGAAUUCAUACCGGCGCAAUGCCGUUUUCUUGUGAAUUUUGUGGAAAACGCUUCCGUUUCAAAGGGAUAUUAACUACACAUAGGCGACAGCACACGGGAGAGCGUCCGUACAGUUGUUUAGAAUGUCAGCACCAUUUUACAAAUUGGCCAAAUUAUAAUAAGCAUAUGAAGCGUCGUCACGGAAUCAACACUUCUCACACCAAGCAUCUAACUAACAAUCAGCAAUUGCAACAGACGACGGAACAAACGCAGUCUCUUGAGGAAGAAGAUCCGCUCACUGUACCUCAAACAGAAUCCACGACAGCGCAAGUAAUACAAGCAGUUCCUUAUGCUUCAACAUCACAACCUAUAGUCAUCCAAGCUAUUCCAACAGCUACUAUUCAGACUUUCCAAACAGAUGUUAAUGGUACUGUACAAGAAACUGUAUUCAGAGAACGAAACACGACUUAUUUCAAUGCAGUGCCAGCCGCGCUGCAAAACUUUUUGCCAACAAACUUGCCGUAUAAUUUUUAUAGCAUUUCAAACGUUACAGAAAAUGAUUUAAUUCAACAUAAAUCUAAUAGAAAUCAAUUGACAGCUAAAAUGGGUUUCGAGAAAGUCACUCAUUGCAUUUUCGAUAUGGAUGGUUUAUUACUGGAUACAGAAUCUCUGUACACUGUGGCAUACAACCAUGUCACUCAAGAAUUUGGGAAAACGUAUACUUGGGAACACAAGGCAAAAAUUAUGGGUUAUAAAACCACUGAAGCUGUGCAAUCUAUAAUAGAUCAGUUACAACUGCCCAUUUCAGUGGAAACAUUUGAGGACAAACUUGUUUCUAUAUAUCAAGAAGUAUUUCCUGAAUGUAAUAUUAUGCCAGGUGUGGAAAGACUGUUGCUGCAUCUUAAAAAAAAUAAUGUGCCUAUUGCACUGGCUACAAGUUCAAGUCUGGAAAGCAGUGAUCUGAAAACCCAAAAAUGGAAACACAUAUUCAACUUAUUUGAUCAUAAAGUAUAUGGUGGUUCUGAUCCAGAGGUUGUCCGUGGAAAACCAAGCCCAGAUAUAUUUUUAAUCGCUGCAAACCGUUUUCCUGAUAAUCCUGAUCCUUCAAAGUGCCUAGUCUUUGAAGAUUCACCGAAUGGAGUGCAGGGUGCUCUUGCUGCUAAGAUGCAAGUGGUGAUGGUGCCGGAUCCUGAACUUCCUAAACAUCUCAUUAGUCAAGAUGCUACAUUGGUCUUAAAAAGUUUAGAAGAUUUCAAACCAGAGGAUUUUGGAUUACCACCAUUUGUUGUGUAA